GGCUAUGCGAUGUCACACAAAUACGCCUGCCAAGCAAUAUAGUAGGCUGUCACAAUAGCGAAGAAGCUAUUUAGACAUAGUCAGCUACUGAAUAAAACCAACAUAAUACAUCAAACCAAACUAAAACCCACAAUCUUAUCUGAAUUGAACGAGUUCCGAUCAUGGCUAACAUCGGCUGGAAUGUUCCGGGACGGAGUGUGGAAGAGGGUGCGGACAACCCUGUCUACGUCAUGGGCUACGAGGAGAACCAACCCCUUCCUCCCAUUUCCCCCAAUUUACACACAGUGUCCCCAUCGUCAGUGGGAACUAGUUACCCUAAUGGGGAGACGAGUCUACCUUACCCUACUUUCCCAUCAGAUUCCGACCACGAUUCCACAACUGGGCCCAAUCCCUCCGCCCAGCCGCUUCUCCACUCGCCCCCUUCCCCUCCCCAUUCUCAAGUAAACCCAGCAGUGAACCUGGAGAUGACCACCCCUUCUGCUCCUCACGCCACUCCCCAUGCACAUGAUGCAGUGCACGAGGAUGACGUAGUUGCACCUACAAAGGAAGUCAAGAUGUAUGCUCCUGUGAAGCCGGAGGAGAUGGGAAUAGAGUCGCAGGUAACGGGAAGGAAUCUGAAGUUCAUUCCCCAGGUUCCGGAUGAAGAAUUGAAGGCGUGCUUCACUACUUUCCCUGGCGCCGAUGAGAUCCCGAAGCGUAUAGACUUCGUACUAGUGCACCAGGUGUCGGACGAAGAAUCGAGUGUUGAAAAAUCGAGUAAAAAGGAAGACAAAGGAAAUGGGGGGAGCAAGAAGGACGCUGAAGCAGGCGAGAAUGGUCAUGGUAAAGGCAAGGAUGACCAUUUCACGCACAGGGAGUCGAGAGAGUUCUUCACAAAUAAUCUGCUAGCCAAAGGACUCCUGCUAAAAGAAGUGAAGUGCGGUGAGGAUGAUUCGGACUCUAUAGCAGAGUCUGCUCCUAAACAGCAGUCCCCAGAGAAGAAGUUACCUCCUAAAGAUUUCGCUAAAGCUAAACAAAAAACAAACUACGCAGGGCUAAAAGCUGUGACCGUAUCGCGUCUAGCUAAAUACGUGGAAAGUCGAGAAAAGGAGAGCGACCUGGUGUUCACACUGUGUCAUGCGCCUGAUGAUCUGCUGCUCAAGUGGUGUGAAAUUCUGAGGAUGAAAAUGCCCCUUCAGCAAUGUGACUCGGAGGUUCAGAAAAAUUUCCUGGGCAAACUGUGGGAGAAAGUUCCGAACACGUUCGAGCCGUUCGAGUUUAAGCAGACCAUUCCGGACAGUCAGGAUCCCUAUUCCUACUUCACGGCUGUCUUCACCGAAGCCAGACAGGACAGAUUUGCGCUGGAGAAAAUGGGAGGAACUGAGCAUUUUUUCACUGUGGGAGAUAGAAACCGAAUUGUCUACAGUAUCCUGAGCCGUACAGAGUAUGACUGUGACGAAGAUAGGGAAAAGGAUGGCCAGGAGAGUGAGAGUCAGUUUCUGAACAAGAAGUUUGGCAUCGACCGCAUGAUAGACGAGCAGAUCUACAAUAGCGCCUACCCUCUGCACUCGGGUAACUACUUGUGGGAUCCGAUUGAGAUGGGGAUGCCGUGGCAUGAGUGCGAGUACCUCACAGACAGACAGAAGCUGUUCUACUCCUGGGCAGAUUGGAGGACCUUCUACAAGAAACAGCCCAUGACACUCAUUCGGAGGUACUUUGGGGAGAAGAUUGGCAUCUACUUUGCGUGGCUGGGCUUCUACACGUGGUUCCUGUUCCCUGCAGCUGCCCUGGGAUUCAUCUGUUUCCUGUAUGGCUGUCUCACCAUGGCCACAGACGACAUCUCCCGUGAAGUGUGUGACGAUGGACCAGCUGCCAACUACACCAUGUGUCCACUGUGUGACAAGGCAUGCGAGUUCUGGAAACUAGGCGAGAGUUGUAUACAGGUGAAGGUUUCUCGGAUGAUAGACAACGAGGCAACUAUCGUGUUCGCUCUGUUCAUGUCUCUCUGGGGCAUCCUCUUUCUAGAAUUCUGGAAGCGGACUAAGAACGAACUGGCUUACGAGUGGGAUCUGUUCGACUACGAGGAGGGAACACAGACCAUCCGGCCUCAGUUCGAGCGGAAAGCCAUGCUGGUGGUGGCAAAGAAUGCCAAGAAGAAAGACUCCUGGUGGCAGAUCAACCCUGUAACCCUGAUGACGGAGCCAUUCAUGCCGCUCACAACGCGACUUCCCAAGCUCUGUGCUUCUAUCUCUAUCGUAUUCUUCAUGAUCUCGGUGGUGUUGGCGACAGUGAUUGGGGUGGUGAUCUAUCGUGCACUGGCCGGAUACUUCUUCGUCAAGCAGGACUUAGGCCCCACCUGGUCCAGCAUCCUCACCUCCUGCACAGCCUCCACCGUCAAUCUUAUGUUCAUAUUCGCUUUCUCCAGAUUCUACAACGUCCUCGCUUACAAACUGACUGAGUUCGAGUGUCCGCGUACAGACAGUGAGUUCGACAACUCGUACACAGUGAAAAUGUUCGUGUUCCAGUUCGUGAACUACUACUCUUCCAUCUUCUAUAUCGCUUUCUUCAAGGGCAGAUUCGGGGGAUAUCCCACCAACUACUCACUCGUCCUCGACAAGUACAGACUCCAGGAGUGUGGACCGGGUGGAUGUCUGUUUGAUCUCAUGACACAAUUGGGCACAAUCAUGGUCGGCAAGCAAUUGUACAGUAACCUGCAGGAGAUAGGCAUGCCGAUGUUGAAGAAGUGGUUUGCAUCUCGUAAGUUCCGAAACCAACAGGAGGACGAGGAGGAUGUAGACGGAGAGGGAGGAAACAAAGAAAACGACGAGAAGAAACUGCACAGGUGGGAGAAGGACUUCGUGUUGUCUGCGUGGCCGCCGAUGAACUUGUUUUACGAGUACCUGGAGAUGGUGAUCCAGUUCGGCUUCACCACCCUCUUCGUGGCCGCCUUCCCCCUCGCCCCCUUCUUCGCCUUCCUAAACAACGUCAUCGAAAUCAAACUGGACGCCUACAAGUUCAUCACCCAACUCAGGCGUCCAUGGGCACAAAAGGCGGAGGAUAUCGGAUCAUGGUAUAAUAUCCUGUCGGCCAUCGCUGUGAUCGCAGUGCUCACGAAUGCGUGCAUAAUUGCCUUUUCGAGUCGUGUGGUGGAGAGAUGGUUCUAUAGGAACUACCAUCAGUCUCAGAUUCCUCUUUACUUUGACUUCGUCUUCUCCAAAGCCGAAGUGAAGAAAAUAUACGGCCACGAAGAGGCCGAAAAACUGACUCCCUUUGCAGUCGGACACGAAUGCAGAUAUCAAGGAUUCCGUUACGACUACAAUGACCCGAAGAACACUCCCUAUCAACACACGCCUGAGUUCUACGAGUUGAUGGCACUCAGAUUAGGAUUUGUGCUCCUAUUCGAGAACAUAGUGUUUGCUCUGCGGUCCAUGGUCGCCUACAUGGUUCCGGACAUGCCUGUCCACGUGCGAGUGGAGAAGGCAAGAGAGGAGUACCUCACAAGACAAGUGCUCUACGAGUCCGAAAAGCCGGCAGCCAAAAAAGUUGUCUCGAAAUGGCUAAGCAAAACGUCUCAGCCACCGCACUUUAGGCUCCCAAUGAUGGACAGAUUCAAUAAAUCAGAAUCGACCGCUAGUUCCCCCGCCCAACACAAAAACGACACAUCAGAUACUAACUUUUCCUCCCCUGAUUCGAACCUCCACCCUCACUAUGGAUUCUCCCACCAUAGUUCCUACAACGAACCGGAGUUGAGAUGGAACAACGACCAGUCAACGGUUUAAUCCUUCAAAAUUUUUCUACUAGGGAUCAUCUUCAAAGACUAUAUGGUGGAGAUGAACUUAAAAAUCGAAUUAAAACUACUGUUACUUUCGUUGAAAGUCAGGAUAAUAAAUAACUUGAUAUCUUGAAAAUACUCUAACCCCCUUGAUAGAAAUGUGUAAAAUACCUUUGUAGUUUGAAUAAGAUCAAACUUUUUUCCUACAAUGAAUAAUAGAACUGUCCUACUUACCUUUUUCUUAGUCAAUGCAGUUUGUUCUCUUUUUAUCUGAUAACACUCUCUACCUCUAUCUUAACAUGGGGACUGGAUCAUUACCAUGUGUGUCAAUUAGCAUACACGUUCUUGCUAUUAUUAUUCUCGUGAAAGCAAAUGUCUUUAAAUUUGGUUUAUAGUAAAAUUGCUUUACAGUAUUGCAAAAAUAGCUAAGAUAACUAUUUUAGAAGUUGAUUCUCGAAUUGAGCUUAUUUUGUCUUUUUCAAUUGAUUUUUAUCACAUUUUAGUACAUGAAAGUAGUAAUCGCAUGCUAACUGAAAUAUGUGGUAAUUGACACCCCUCUUACCUUUAUCAGUAUCUUCGCGGACGCAGAGCGCCUUUCUUUCAAUAUCGCAAUUAAGUGUUUGUAUCUUUCUACCUUUUGAAAAACUGAGCAUUUCGGUUGAAUUUCAAUUAAGGAAUGUUAGCUCCUAAAAAAUCUGAAAACUAGAAUAACUUGAUUGAUU